ACCAAACAUCCUUUCCGCAAUAAUAACCCGCGUUUGUUUACCAUAAUAUUAAACUCACCACUGAUAAAUUUGGCAGCACCCUAGAUCAUAUCAUCAAUCAUAUCAAUACAAACAAUGACAUCGAUCAAACAAGAUGAGGUGGAUAAGAUAAGGCUUGAAUUAUACAAAUCAUUCCAAAUACUAUCUGACUUGAAUCUUUUCCAAGCAUCCAAAUGGUGUGCAGAAGCGUUAAAUGGUUUGAUAGAGAUCAAUUCACCCAUUAAUUAUCCUCCUUUACAAUUAACACCCCAGGAAAUGAUGGAUCAAACUAAAUUCAUCUUGGCCAAGUCUUACUUCAAUUGUAAAGAGUUUGAUAGAGCUGCUGGAGUAUUGAAAGGGUGUAAGAGUGGGAAUGCCUUAUUUCUUCGAUUAUAUGCUAUAUUAUUAUCAGUUGAUAAAACAUCAACUGAAGAAACUGAUGGAUCGAUUAAUGUAGGAUCAUUUGGAGAGAAUAAUGAAUUCAUAGGUCAGAAAGAUACGGUUGAUUAUCAUUUCAAUUCCAAUCCUAAUCAUUCAGAUCCUUCAUCUAAUAUGAAUCCAAGUAAAGAAUUAUUAAAUAAUUUGAAUUCAAGAUUAAGUAAAAUCAUUCAAGAAUCAGAUCAAUACCUUUCAAAUGAAGGUUCGAAUCCAUUUUUAUAUUAUUUAAAUGGAGUGAUCUAUAAUCGAAAGAAGAAAUAUCAAUUAUCUCAAAUCAAUCUUUAUAAUUCCUUAAUAUUAUUUCCAUAUAAUUGGUCAUGUUGGCAAGAAUUAAUCGUAUCAUUCACUACUUUCGAUGAAGCUAUAACAUUCAUAAAUAAAGUUAAAUUAGAUAAAUCAUCAGAAUUAAGUUCAAAUAUCAUGUUUCAAUUCUUUGAAGUGGUCAUCUUACAGGAAUUUUAUCAACAAUCAACUACAUUAUUUGAAAAUUUAUCAAAUUUAUUACUGAUAUUCCCUAAAUUUAAUUUCUUAAAAGUUCAACAAUUCCUUAUUUAUUAUCAUAAUUUAGAUUAUUAUCAAGCAGAGGCCAUAUUCGAUCAAAUCCUCUUCGAUGAUCCCUUGAGAUUAGAUGAUCUUGAUACAUUUUCAAAUAUGUUAUAUGUAAUGGAAAAGAAAUCAAAAUUAUCAUACUUAGCUCAAUUUGCAUCUCGAAUCGAUAAAUUCCGUCCGGAGACAUGUUGUAUUAUCGCCAAUUAUCAUUCUAUGAAAGGUGAACAUGAAAAAUCCAUCAUGUAUUAUAAACGGGCUUUAAUCCUUAAUAAAAAUUGUCUUAGUGCUUGGACUUUAAUGGGACAUGAAUUUGUUGAAUUGAAAAAUAGUCAUGCUGCCAUUGAAUCAUAUCGAAGAGCAGUUGAUAUUAAUGCUAAGGAUUUCAGAGCAUGGUAUGGAUUAGGUCAAGCUUAUGAAGUAUUAGAUAUGAAUCUAUACGCAUUAUAUUAUUAUCAAAAAGCAACAAUCUUACAACCAUUGGAUAAACGUAUGUGGCAAGCGAUUGGGAAUUGUUAUGAAAAGAUUGAUAAAUUUGAAGAAGCAAUAAAAUCAUUUGAAAAAGCAUUAAAUAUCGAUACCUUAACUAAUGAAGAUACUGGUGAAUCACUUAUAACUUUCGAACCUCAUAUUUGUUAUCGAUUAGCGUUAAUUUAUGAAAAAUUAGGUAAUUUAUCCGAUACAUUUAAAUAUAUGAAAUUAUGUUCAGAUCAAGAAUUUGAAUGGGGGUCAAGUGAUGAAAUUUCCAAAUCAAAAUUAUGGUUAGCAAGAUUUGCGCUUGAUAAUAAUAAACCGGAUGAAGCUCAUGAAUUAUGUAAAGAUUUGAAUUAUUAUGGUCCUGAUCUUGAUGAAGCCAGAUCAAUCUUAAGAGAAUCAAGAAGUAGAAUGCUGAAGAAGUAACAUAACUAAGUUUCUUAUUGUUAAUUUUAUAUUAAUUUGUAUAUAUAUAUAUGUAUCUGUGUGAUUAUGUGUUCUGUAUUAUAUAUUUAUGGAUUCUAUUAAAGUUUAAACAAGGGGGUAAGUCGGUUAUUAAA